GACGGGGUUCUUGGUGAAAUAAAACCAGAACCAAUAAAGGCCCAAGAUGGAGACACUGGAAUCAACAUGACGAUAACAUACAGCAUCAGUUCAGUCUCUCCUGCCGAGUACCAAGCAAACUUCAACAUCGACUCCAACACCGGAGUUCUGUCUGUGGUGACGUAGUUUGACAGGGAGGAAAUGGACAGCAGUGAAAUCUCUGUCAGCAUCAAGGCGGCCCAGACAGACGACCCUCUGAAGACCGCUGAUGCUGUCGUGUCCGUCACGGUGGAAGAUGUGAACGACAACGCUCCAGAGUUUGAUCAGUCGAGCUACAACGUCUCCCUUCUGGUGAACUCCCUCACUAACACCAUCACUGAUUUGGACAAGAACAUCACCGUGAUCAGAGUGACCAUUAUGGACGACGACAACGACAACAAACCCGAGUUCAGCUCCAGCAGCUAUGAAACCAGCACCGAGGUGAAAGACGCAGCGAAGGGGAAGGUGGUGCUGACGCUGAGAGCCACCGACAAAGACAUCGGAAACAACUCGCUUAUCACCUACAGUUUUUCGGAAGGACAUUCGCCACAUUUGGCCUUAGACAGCGAAACAGGAGAAGUGACGCUGACCUCUGACCUUGCUGAUGUAACAGAAGACACAACACUGGUUCUGACGGCCGAGGCCACAGAUCAUGGCAAACCUCCGCUCAGCGCCACAGUUCUUGUGGUGGUGAACAUCAGGAUCACCAGUUCUGAAGGCGUGGCGUUCCUGAACUCCUCCUACAACUUCAGCCUGAAAGAGAACGAGAAUUCGGGGGUCACUGUGGGGCAGGUCCACGCCUCUGCAGGAAGCGACCUGUACGAGGUUUCCUAUGGACUUAGAACACACGAAGACCUGUUCUCCAUCGACAGCAGUGGUACCAUCUUUUCCACAAAAGAGCUGGACAAGGAGGAGCAGGAGUGGUACAUCCUGGAUGUGGAGGCUGUGGACACGCGGACGCCUCCCACAUCAGCAGUGGCGCUGGUCAGAAUUCAGGUGGAGGACGUAAACGAGCCUCCAGAGUUCUCCUUGGAUGAUUAUAAAGCCUCUGUGUUCAGCAUCGCCCCGUACAAAACCCCAGUCAUCCAAGUGUAGGCCUCGGACCCUGAUGUUGGAGACAACAGUGAUCUGGUCUACAGUCUGCCAGCAGGAAACUCCUCCUUUGACGUGGAGCCGACUUCAGGUCAGCUGUAUGUGGUGUCAGCAGCAGAUCUGGGUG